CAUAAAUUUAUAAUGCCUGUUUACCUUUGUGCUUGUUAGUCACACAAAGAAGCGAUGUUUUUAAUUACUUUACGAUGUAAAAAUAGAGUGAAGCAUUACUAAGAACUGGGUAGACAAUCAGAAAAUCUGGCGCAGAAAAUUUGCCAAUUGGAUUACGUGUCUUUAUAACUUUCAUAUCACAGGUUUGAGCCAUUUAACUUUGUAUCAAAGCACACUCAGAACGUCGAAGCUCACUUAGGUUGACGGAUAAACACAAUGAUCAAUCUGAAUCUUUUUGUUUUAGUACUCUUUGUGCCUUUUACACACUCUUGUAAAUGUUUACCAAAAUCGUUUCACGAAGCUUAUUGUCAGUCUGAUUUCGUGAUAUCAGGAAAAGUUGCAACAGGAAUGCGCAUGUCAGUUGGUAAUAUAUACUUGCAGGAUUUCGUUCUUGAAACACAUAAAGUUUUCUUUCAGAAAACGGAAAUAUUCAAGGAGGGACAAACAACAGUUGUUUUAACUCCGCGUGCAUUAGAUCUUUGUAGCGCCGAUCUAAUUAAAAAUAAACAUUAUCUAUUAGGCGGAAGUAUCAAACGAAAUACGGUUUAUGUCACAAGUUGUGGACUAAUCAAAGAAUGGUCUUUAUUACCAAAACAUUUAAAAAAAGCAAUGCGGAAAGGAAAACUAUCAUGCGCGUGCAUGGUAACCGGUUGUAAUAGUGAAAUUUGUAGUCGAGAUAUUGGAGGACUUUUUCAACCUAACCAAUGUCAAUUAGGAACAUCUAGAGCUUGUUAUGAGGAGAACGGUGUGUGCACAUUAAAUAAUGGAACAUGUGAAUGGACUAAACUUUCAAAAAAAAAAGUUUUAACGUGUUUAAACAAAGCUGUUAACUUUAAUGAACGAUGACGUUAACUUUAUGUUUGAUGAACCAACAUAUAGUUAGUCGAUGGCAUGUUCAUUAAUGUGGUGAUUUUCUGAUCAUUGAAUAGUUGGUCAACUCUUUGUUGAUUUGAUUUAUUGCCCGAUCAUUAAGAGGCAUUUUAGCAGUUUAUUGAUUACUAAAAACUCAGUCAAAUAUGCUCAUGACAAAGUAAUGCCAAAUCGCUCGGAUAUUUAGUAAAUAAAACAAAACUCGAUCAAAACUCGAUUACUAGAAGAUACACAACUUCAAAUCUUCUUUAAUAAUGAUUUUUGUUAUAAAACGCAAUGAAACAAAGAGUACAUAAGGAUACAGAUUUCAUGCAACCAACACGAAUACAGCUCUUAUUAAAUAAAUAAAAAAUAAUAAUAAAGGAAAAAAAGAAAUGUUAUAAAUAUGAAAAAACUGAAUAUUAUUAAAAAAAUAUUGUAAAUAGAGUUUCAUUAUUUAA